AUGAAAUUCAUUGAUAUUUGUUUAAGAGUUUGUAACCAAUUGAUUAGUUGUGUAAAUCCACCAUUUUUAACUGUGGACAUUAACAAUAACUUAGUAUAUAAAAAAAAGGAUAAUAAAAUUAGACAUAAAGAAGAUAUCCCUGUAAACAUCAUACAAGGCAAAUUAGAUAUCCUUGAAACGAAAGCAGAUGAGUGGAUGAAAAUUGUUCAACUAGACAUGGAUUCAAUUUUUAAAGAAAUUACUGAAAUUUUAAAAGAAAAAUAUGAAAAUAGUGAAGAGUCGGUUAAAUUAGCACAAAAUUACAUUGAAAAUAAGUUAUUUACUAUUGUGGAUAUUUUAAGAAAUCAAUUUAAAGAAAAAAUUGAGAUUUUAAAUAAAGAAUUAAUACAACAUUCAGAUUGUAAUAAAGAAUUAAUUAGGGAAAUUAAAAAAUCAUUUGAGAUGGAAAUUGAAAAAUUUGAUUUAAAUAUUCACAAAAGAUUAGAUGAUGAAAUUGAAAAUAUAUUUGAAAGGAAUGUUAAUAAUUAUUUUUUUAAUGAUUUUGUUAAACGUAAGUUUGUAGAAGUACAAAUAGGAAAAAUUAAAAACUCAAUUAGAAGUUAUAUUAGUUUUCAAAUAAAUAAUAUGAUAGCUUUGAUAAAUCGAGCUUUUCUAAAUAUAUUUAAGAUAAUUAAUAAGAAGUUUGAAUCAACUAAUAAUUUAUCAAACAAAAAUUUAAAAGUUGAAAUUAAUAAUAAUACAGAAAUCAAUAAUAAUACAGAAAUCAAAGAUAAAGAAGUGGAUAGUGAAAGCAGUAAAGUUAAUUACUGUAAUCCAUUUUCUAAUGCAGUACAAAGGCUUAUUAAUUGUAUUAAAAAUAUGUUAUAUGUUUAA